AUGGCCUCAUUGCUCCUGGGGGGUCCGCCCAGAGAUGAGAAUGGGAACCCGAAAAAGCUGCCCAAGGUAGCGGUCUACGUGGCCGGAGCUACGUUUGCCAUAACGACCGGCCUCACCCUCCUCAUCCUCCCUUACGUCCGUCAAGCGGCAAGAAUGACGUCCGCCCCUCAAUUCCUCUCGAAUCGAUAUAUCGCCCGUAAAGACCUGCACGCUCUCCCGGCUCAAUCGGAGAUGCCUGCUGCAGCCGCGAGAGCAAAGAGGUUCAACGAUAAAGAGGAGAGGGAGCUCUAUGGAUCUCUGGAGGGAGAGAUGGAACAGGUGUCGCCCUGGCUGGGAGCACAGGCAUUGGGUAUAGCUACGGCGGUGGUCUUUGGGAGUGCGGGUCUGGGGGCUUGGGUGGUAGCCAAGCUGCUAGGUGUGAAGGAUAUGAACGAGUUCACGAGCAAGAUGCGAGAAGAGCUGCAAGUCAAGAUGCCUGUCUUGGCAGAAGCGCUGCAACCGCGAGAGAAUCCGGUUGAGAAGGAGGAACUGGCGGGCGUGGAGGAUUGGGUCAAGCGGUUCGAGGAGCAUAAGGGAGAUCAGGAUCGGGAAGUAUAA